UGCUGCUGCGAUGAAGUAAAAAACAGUGUUUGAUUUAAAAAUAAAUAAAUAACUUAGAUAGUUUAGAUUCUAUCUAGUGUUUAAUAGAGAUACACGAGGUUUCUUGUCGUUUACCAGGGGUUUGGACCCUGCUGCCCCGCGGCCACCCUCCCUAGCCCCGCGUGCCACGCCCGGCAGAGCUGAGUCACACUGUAAGCGGACACCAUCAAAGUUUCUGUCCUCCCAGACGGAGCUGCGAGUUCAAACCCAGAGAAGCAAAGGAGCAGAGCAGCUGAAAACACCAUGAAGUCGGUUCUGAGGUUCGCUUUUGUUCUGUUUCUGGUCUCCGGAACUUUAACUCAGGACGAAUUCGACCUGUCAGAUGCUCUGGGGGAUCCGGAACCAAGCACUGCAAAGCCCAAAGAGCAGCCGAAGGCCCCGGGGAAACCGAACUCUGGAGGCGAGCUAGACCUCAGUGAUGCGUUUGGACCAGACGACCCUCCAACCAAAAAACCCAAGAAACCAAGUUCUGGUGAUUUCGGUGGUCCAGAUGAAUUUGAUCUGUCAGAUGCCCUCAAACCAGACCCCAACCCGAAACCUGACAAACCUGCAGACAAACCAACAAGGAGUGGAGGAGGUGGUGGAAGUUUUGGUGACUCAGACCUGUUGGAUGUUGCUGACAGCGGCUACAAGCCUGAUGGAGGUCGCUCAGGAGGCCGUGCACAAGAUCCUGCUCCUGAUCAUCAGGGUGGAGCUGACCAGCCUCAAGAAGCAGCAGGAUCUGGGCAGAUAGCCGGUAUCGUCAGCGCCAUCGGAGUGGCUCUGAUGGGAGCAGCUUCCAGUUACAUCGCUUACCAGAAGAAGAAACUCUGUUUCAAGAUGCAGGGAGGUGCAGAUCCAGAGAGCGGAAAAGGUCACCAAGGUACUCAGUCCGAACCACAAGUUCUCAGCAACCUCCUCCAGACCAACUAGAAGUUUAGCCAACGCUGCCUUUGGUCCAGAGAAGAAAACCCACUCCGACUCUUCCUGCAGAAGAAACAGGAAGUGAAAGACGACACAGCUGCUGGUCUUUCUCAGUUCAGAGAAACAAAAUCAUCUCACAAUGUUGGUCUGACCUGGAGCUGGUGUUUUACAUCUGUUCACAUAUUUUUCUCAAAUUUGUACAUUUCUGUUUCUUCUAGACUUUACUUUAGUUGAUGUGUUUUUGGUGUUGCUGGUUAAAAUCCAGCAGAAGGAGGUUUUAAAACAAACUGCUGAUUGUAAUAUAAUUAAGGGCUACAUCUACGCACACUAAAAACACACUUUGUUUGACGUUUGUUUGUUUGUGUGUGAGAACAUCUGUAACAUCCUGCAAAGUUUCAGUCUUUCCUCAUGUUUUUCUUUUAAAGCCGCACUCCUGAUUUUUCUCCUCUUCCAGUAUUAAAUCCGAUGUGAAGCGUUGUACAUUCGGGAGAAAAUCCUCCCACCCUCAGAAACUCUCAGCUUCUCUUUUUGCUUUCACUGCUGCUUUUUAAAGCUGUCCUUUUAGAAAGUUGUUUUUUUUACUGCACUGACAGUUUCCACCUGAUGCUGAAGGCUUCUUCUUUAUCUUUAGCUCAGCAGCCAGUAAACAUGGCAACCCUGAGGUUCGUGCUGUGUUUGUGAUGGUAUCCUGGUCAAACGCUGACGAAAGGCUUCGCACAUUCAGCUGUAAAUAAAUGUAACAGAGGGGAAUGUGUACAUUUUGCUUUGGGCUUGAUGAGCUUAUUAACUAAUUAUUCAAUUUGAAGUGUGUUAUAUGUAUUUUUUAUUCAAAUAUUCUCAGUCUGUUACAUGUGAUUAUAUCAGCCAUUGUCCAAUCUUUUGGUGGGUUUUUGUUUUCAAUAAAAGGCUGUAUAGUUUA